AUGGACCCCGCCUGGCUCCCCGAAGGCCCUCAAAUCACUUCACCCCCAGCCCUCCUCCCUACCCGCUCAACCUCCUUUUCCGUCAUCGGGCGCCACAUAACCCUCGCUCUCCUGACCCCCUCCCGCAUCCCCGCACUCUACACUAUCUUCGGUGGCACCCAGAACGCACACAUCUUCAAAUUCCUACCUAUCGGCCCUUACAUCUCGCCUGAGAAUCUCGGCUUGGAGAUCUCGAGCCUGCUCGAGAGUGCUAACGACUGGAUAUAUGCUGUGAUUCCCACCUCUCGCUCUCCCUCUCAAUUAAAAAUGGAAGAGAAAGAGAAAGUGGAUGGGGAGGAAAGACAAGAAGCGAGCAAGGAGGAAGUUCUAGGCAUCCUGUCCCUUUCACGCCCCCUCCCCGCCCACCACACCAUCGACCUUGGCGCGAUCUUCUCCUCUCUCCUCCAACGCACAACCGGCGCCACAGAAGCCGUCUACCUGCUCCUGCGGCAUUGUUUCGUCGACCUCGGGUAUCAGCGCGUCGAGUGGCGGUGCAAUGAUAGGAAUGAGGCUAGUAAACGAGCGGCGGUUAGGCUGGGGUUUAAGUGGGAGGGGUGCUUGAGGCGGGAGAAGGUUUAUAAGGGGAGGGGGAGGGACACAAAUGUUUUUGCGGUGGUGGGGGAUGAGUGGGAGGAGAUGAGAGGGGGGAUGGAGCGGUGGUUGGAGGAGGAGAAUUUUGAUGAGUGGGGAAGGCAGAGGAGGGGGUUGGAGGUAGUGAGGGGGGAGGUGAUGAGGGAGAGGAAGGCGUGA